GUUACAUGCUCUUAAACGAUGAAAAUGAAGCCUUUUUCAUACUUUUUUUUUCAUUAGUACUUUUGACAGAAAUUAACUACUUCAACUUGAGAAUUUACGGCAUACCGUCUGCUAAAAUGUAAACAAUUCGAUGAAUUAAUACAAAUCAGACGUUUAGUGAAUGAAAACAUCACUUAUUAAUGGCAUUAAAGUCUUCCUAACCGCAGUAAAACACUCCCUGAUCAUCAAAAUUACGUUGUUAUUUUCAAAAUAAGUUCAAACUAAAAGAAUGAAAGGUAUAACGUAUUCUUUGAUGUCUGGCUUCCUUGCAGCCAGCGCAUCUUUAUGUGGUAAAUUUUCAAUGGCUGCCGAACAAACAUUGAUUUUAUGCGAAUCUGUUGUUCAGAAACUUCAAGGAAUGGACAACAACGCAGAGAACGUGUACUCAUUCGCUCCUGUGUGUCAGAACAUGAUCGUUUUCACUCGGAUGGGCUUCUUCUUAGCCAUGUUGUUGUCCAACGGCGUAAUGUGGACCCUUUUUACCAAGGCCCUGAGGACUAGUUCAACAACCCUGGAGGCCACCGUCACUAACACCGCUGCCAAUUUCUUUUUCACGGCUGUGUAUGGUCAGGUGUUCUUUGGCGAGUCCCUGUCACUCCUGUGGUGGUCGGGCACCAUGCUCAUCCUCUCAGGUCUCUUCCUGAUGCACCACACAGAUGAGAAGGACGAAGUGAAGAAGCAGAAGUGAAAAAAGAAUGUUUGACAGAAACACAAAUAGAAACAAAGCCCAAGAGAUUAGUGCAAUACUAUUCAUGAAACUUAGUCUCUUCAUAAAAUGCGAUAUCUGCUUUGCUUGGCUUCAAAUCGGCUGACUGAGACCAGUUACCUGUCCCAGUAGUCUACACAAGCUCAUUGCAUACAUCUGUUUCCAUCGCUAGGUGUUCGAAAGUUUAAAGACGAUAUAUUCACUGUCAGCAAAAAUAUCAACAGUUGGAAACUUUGCUGAAAAAGAGAUGGGUGCAUUAUUAUGUACUUUAAUGCAUGACAUUCUGAUGAAUGGAUAACAUUCCAACUAAAUUUUAGUCAAGAAGUGCCCUUGGAUGUAUAUUUUCACUUGAAGUGAUUUUAGAAGUACAGGGGGGGGGGGGGGGAUUCUUGACUAAACGUUUCUGAAAUGCUUGUUUAGGGGUUUUUUUUUUUUUUGAGAGAGAGAGGGGGAAAAAGAGAGAGAAAUAUUUUUAAAUGCUAAAAUUUUGACCACAUGUAAUUGAAAUUACCUUUUAGAAGUAGAUGAUGCGUCGAAGAUCUUAACUGGCUCUUAGCUUAAUCAUCACACUCUCACUUUCACAACUACUUGUUUGUUUGCCCCUCAUUCAUUUAAUUAAAUAUACACUUACCCUUCACCUAGCUGAAUCCCAGAGGGCCAUAAUUUGUUGAUUGCUCCGUUACUGCCUACGUGACGUAGAAUUGAUAAGCUACAUAAAAGUAAAUAUAGGCACUAGAUGAGCUCUCAAUAGCCUGCUCGAAUCAAACAUCACCACAAGAACAGACUUCAAUUCUGCCAUUGAUAUCUAUGCUUUUUUUUUAAUGUGACUGAAGUAAAACAUCGGGAAAAAUGAACGAAAGAUAAAAA